CCACCACUCCUUCGCUUACUCUUGGAUAUAACAAAUGACCCUACGUGCAACCUUACAACCCCUCAAAGGCCACAGCACACAAUAAAGUAACAUUUACACUUCUAUAUGUUAUUCUUGAAUUGCUUCUCUUCCCCUUCAUCGCUCACCUAUAUCACCUUUUCCAAUUUCUGAUUGGCUUGGAACGCGAUUUGUCCCGAUUAAGCGUAACACCACAGCCACCAAAUUUCGUCCAUCACUGAGAGAGAAACUGUCAUUUUUGCCGGCAAGCAAGCGCUGAGUAAUUCUAGCUCGUUUUAUGUGACAUAGCCGCGCUCCUUACGGCAACACGAUCCAUUAUGGCACCUUCAGAGACAGCCAUUCUGAGCAAUUUCCUCUUGACCCCAGCUCCCUUGCCAACGAUCAUCUCGUUGCAGCAAUUCACUGAGUUCUUUCCAAAGAGACUACGCUCUCAUCCGCACAUCAGGGUUCUCUAUCGUGAGCUACAAGAGAUUCGCGAGCAAGACAUGGACCUAGUCAAUGAGAACAUUGACAAGGAAGCAGUUCAGGGCGAACGCCAGAAGGCAGAGCUCCGUAAAUCCCUGAUGAAGACAGGCAUUGAUGGCAUCAGCUCAGCUGAGCAGCGCGAGAUGGACAUGGAUGUUGAGCUGUUUGGGCAGACGACUUCUACGUCUAAUUAUCACUCAGUAUCGAGUCUCCUCGCGGCCAUGCAGACGGCAUGCUCCAAUGUGGAACACGAGGUGACCGAAGUCGACAAGGAAGCAAGCUCACUCCUGUCCGAUCUCAAUGGCCUGGUGGGUGACUUGAGUGAUCUGCGGUACGGCAAGAUGCAAGGCCCUGUAGGCAUGACAGGCGAGGAGGGCGUCAACGAGGCCAUACGGGGUCUUCAGAACCUUGAGAAUGCCUGCUACCGCAACAGCUGAAUGAUCUCAAUGGCAUAAUCUCCGUCUUCAGUGUAUCUGUCAGUUUCCAUUCUUACUUCAGAUCACUACAUAGCCGGUUGACUUAAUGAUCCGCCAACAUAACCGCGCGCCGUCUAUGAUCAGCCAUGGCGCUAGUCAACCUCUGAAUCAGGAUCCGCUAGCGCAUUGCGUUAUUAUGCAGGAAUACUGUGUCUUGAAGACACAUUACUGUUGAAAUUGCGCGAAGGAGAGGCUACUCGAAUCGCACUCUUUCUGCAUAGCCAUUCAGGAAAACCUCGCUAUUUUCGGCUCACAAACCCGGCCAGGUGGGCCAGGUCGAUCCAUCAUGGACAGCACCAGCCAUACCACUUCAGGUCGCUUUGUACCAAGAGCACUCAGCCUAAGUAGGGGCACGACUGAGCAGCUUAUGGAUUCUGACAUAGUGUGGGCACAUUUUCGCC